UCAGUCGCUCAGGAUUUUCGGGUCGCACGGCUGGAGAGUGCUGCCUCCCGUCUCACAGCCAAUGGUCGGAGCCUCCAGCGGUGCUCUCAGCUCCCACCUGGGAUUGAAGCUCGGAGUCGCCACCCGAACCCACGCCAGGGCCGGGACAGGGACCGCCAUUCCUGCAGCGGCUUCCACUCGCGCCCGGCUCAGCCCACAGAGGGCAAUGGCGGCGCCCCCGCUGAGGAGACGGGCUGAGGUUGGCGUGACCUUUGAGGACAUUGCCCUGUACUUCUCCAGGGAGGAAUGGAGCCUCCUUGAUGAGGGUCAGAGACAGCUGUACCUGAAUGUGAUGCUGGAGAACUUUGAACUUAUAUCCUCGUUGGCUGGCCUGGUGUUGCCCCUUGACUGUGGGCUCAGGGGCCUCCAGCCCAAGCUGCUGACUCUGACCACAGCCUCACUCUGGGCUGCGUUCAUUUGCAUCGCGCUGCUGAGGGUGGAAGCUAAAUAG